AACUUGAACACUUCGGUAAACAAAACGUUACCGACACAUCAGCUCAGGAAUAGUCUCCCCUUGUCUGUAUAUGCAGAGCCAGGGUGCAAGGACGCACCAGAAAGAAAUUACUAAAGGAUAUCUUGUGGAAUUUGUCGUGCUUGUUCUGAUUGUAUCGCAAUGUCUACCGGGCCAGUUAUACACUCACCUUUAACAAAGGUUACGGAUCAUUGGAUAACUCACCAGUGGACAGCAUGUGGUGAAAUGGAGAUGGACUAUUAUAGGUGUGCCUCACGUGUUGGUGCUGCACGGGCAGUUGUAGAUUGUAAAUUAGAAAAGGAAGAUUACAAGGAAUGCGUAACAAAGAAGAAGCAGAUCCAGCGUUAUGUAUUGCUGCAAGCUGAGAGGAGAAAGCAGAAGAAACCCUUCCUUGAGCCACCUAUCCGUGAUUCGUAUGGAAGGAAAUAGAUAUUGAUUUAAGAGUGAAAGUAGUAAAGUAUGUGGGAUGUUUAUAUUGGAAAUGCCCAAUGCUGUAUUCGUCAGUGAUAUGACAUAACAUGGACAUUCAUAGGCUUUCUCAUAUUUUCAUGUAGACUGUUUGGUGUAUUAUCUCAAGUGCUAUAAAUAAUAAAAAAAUGUCUCAAAUA